AUGGGUUCACAUCCAACAACAGCAACUGACCAGCGGAUCAUCCCGGAUCAGGACGACUGGGAACGAUACAAGAGCGUAAUUGAGGAUCUUUACAUGCGACAAAACCUUAACUUGGCCCAGGUCCGGAACGUGAUGGAAAGCAAUUAUGGAAUCAGAGCAACAUCCAAAAUGUAUAAAUACCGCUUCAAGAAAUGGAACUGGGCGAAGUACAGUUCAAAAGGACACAGAGCAGCUAUCGAGGCUGGCCAGGUUGUCAUCCAGCGCGCUGGAAAGUCACGAACCAAGCCUUCCGAGCUCGACAACUUUAGACUGCAAGCUGCGAGAGAGUUACGGAGGGCGCGUCGGCAAGAGCGUGCCCUCGUCUACCCGCUACUGCACCAAAACGACCAGGCGCGUGAUUUCAACACGAUCCUCCUGAUGACAAAGCAGUUCAUCGUGGGCGAGACUGAAACGAGCAUCGUCUACACUCCGAGCCACCCGACUCUGGACACCACCAGGCGCUUUUCCAGUGGCAGCGGGAGGGAUAUGUAUCAGACGUUUGUGAGCGCUCUGGCAGCCUUCAGCCUUGACGACUUCAUGCUUGGCGGCAGGCUGCUGCGCCGGGCCUUCCGCGCGCUCGACAGCGAGAUAGGCCAUCUCGGACUCAUCCGAUCCGUCGAGUAUUGUUUCAGUAUCCCCUACCUCUUCGUAUCGUACGGGCGCAACGACCUGGCCACGCUGCUGCUCAAGUACAUGGCGCCAAGGCUGCAGAUGAUCCCGAAGAGGCACCCGCUGGCGAUUAUCUGUGGGCCCCUGCUGAGCGUCAUCCAGACCUCGAGGGAGCCCAGCCGGGACUCCCUGGAUCGUGUGCUGCAGCUCGGCGCCGACACAUUUGCCGAGGCGCACUCAGACGACCCCCGCGCCGUGCUUUACUUUCGGGCCAGGUUCUGCGCCAUCGACGCCCAGCCCGCCGAGGAUAUAUUCGUGGACUACCAGGGCCUCGUGGCGGAGUACGCGGCGCGGUUCGGCGGGAUGCACCCCGGGACGCUCAGCACCGAGCGGGAGAUGUUGGAUUUCGGGGCAAGAUACAGGAUUAAGCCGGCAGUGACAAAGGAGCUGUGCGAGCUCGCGAUCUCCAAAAUCGAGGACUACUAUGCAGAACGCAAUCUAGCUACCCAGAGGUGGAGCCAUUCCCACCAGAAGCUCUGGAUGGACCUCGAGUGUCUGCUGACCGAGGUCGUUGCGACGGGUGGCGACCUCCCGCAGGCUAUCAAGAUGUCUCGUGAUAUAUACGACUUUGUGGCCAACACGAGCGGCUGCUUGCCCUCGAAUAGAUGGUGGAGGUCGGCGACGAAAUGA